CACAAAGUUAAAAUGGUGCGUGAUAGCGUGAGAACUCACAGAACUCAUUAAUUAUUUCUUAGUUCCUUAGGCAUUAUUACAAUCAAUUAUCAAAUACAACUUCAAAGUGCAAGUGCGACUAUGGUUUGCAAGCUUUUUCUGAUAAUGUGAAAAACACUAGGCACCAGACAUUGUUCUGCAAAAUGAGUAAUCCGAGCCGGGGCUCUGCGAAACGGCAAGUGAAGCCGAUAGAGCCGCAAUCCUUAUUGGAUUUUGAUCUUGGAGAGGGAGAGAGUUCAGACGACUCUGAUUUCCGUAUUGAAGACCACCCAGAGGAAAGUGAUGACUACUCGAUAAAUAGCGAUGAUGACAAGAAAGGAGCCACAAACACUGCCAGCUCUGAGGAACAGUCAGGUUCAGAGGCGGAGGAUGAUUAUAAGAAUACAACUGGAAAGCUUGGAGAGGAGAUGUGCAUUACAGAUUUACUUGAAAAGGCCAAACAACAAGUAUUUAAGUAUCCUGAGCUGGCAAGUGUACUGAUAUGUGCUGGUUGCUUGGGCUCAAGGAGUGACGAUUACAAUGAGAUAGUAGAAUGUGAUGGCUGUGGUGUUACAGUACAUGAGGGCUGCUACGGCGUAUCUGACGUCGCCAGUGAGUCAAGCACAAUAAGCUCUGCCUCCACAGAGCCCUGGUUCUGUGAGGCGUGCAAAGCUGGCGUUACUGAUCCCAGCUGUGAACUAUGUCCCAACAAAGGUGGUAUUUUCAAAGAGACUGAGGUUGGAGCGUGGGUUCAUCUGGUAUGUGCCCUAUAUGUACCAGGAGUAGCUUUUUCAGAGGUAGAACGUCUGUCAGGCGUGACGUUGUUCGAGAUGGCGUACUCGCGCUGGGGCGCGCGCUCGUGCGCGCUGUGCGCCGACGCGACGCUGGCGCGCACCGGCGUGUGCGUCGGCUGCGACGCGGGCCUCUGCAAGACGUUUUUCCACGUCACGUGUGGCCAGCGCGAAGGUCUGUUGGCCGAGGCGCACUCGGAGGAGGCGGAGCAGGCGGACCCGUUCUACGCGCAUUGCCGCCUGCACUCCGACAAGGCGCUCGUCAAGAAACGCAAGCGGAACUGGCUGGCGCUGCAGCUCCGGACAGAGAAGCGCAAACAGGAGUUGCAAAACAAAGUUAAUGAAGAGGAGAAAAAAAGGAUUCAACGUAAAUUGAUCAAAUAUAGAAAAAAGUAUUCACAGCAGAAAGAGAACAGAAAUCCACCAUGGGUGCCGACGCAGAAGAUGGCGCGCAUGAUCUACAGCAGCGCGUCGGCGAUGCGCAAGUUCCAGCGGAAGGCCGAAUGCAUGGGCGUCGAUACGCACGCACUCGAGUUUCAGGACGCACAGAUGGCAGCACUAAAAGACGUGUCCAGGCGUUGGCACGUGCCCCCCGCGUUCUCCGUAGAGUUCGUGGGAUACUACCUCGAGAGGAACACUCGCGUCACCUCGCUAAGGAAAUCUCUAGAGAGACUCACUAAGGAGAAUGAGAAGUUAGUGGCAGACGAUGAGAAGUUACGAACGGAUUAUGAUGAGGCCUCAAAAGAAAACACCAAGGCGUUAGAAAAGCUCACAUUAACGCGUCAAGGCCUGCAGAAGAUCUAUGAUGCGCUAGUGACGAUACGGCCAAAGAAGACGAUGCCCGCUAUACUGGAGGACACGCCUCUGUUGCCGCCCGUCGUGGCGCGCUCCACGCCUAAAGUGACGCCACAGCAGUUGCAUAAACGCAGGUCAAUUUCUGUACCCACCGCGGCUGCACUUAAGAUGGGCGUUGGUUUUCCUCUUAGCGACAACCCGGACGCUCGCCAAGGGAAGGUCUUGUCUACUUCGUUGGAAGCCACAGGCGCGCUGGCGGCGCGAGAGUGUGCCGUGUGCGCGCGCAGCAGCGAGCAGCACCUCAUGGCGGCGUGCGACACGUGCCACCACCACUACCACCUGCACUGCCUGCGCCCGCCGCUGCAGCGCCCGCCCAAGAAGAGCAAGCUGUACGGAUGGCAAUGUUCCGAAUGUGAUAAAACCUCAGAUUCAGAGCCAGAAGUACUCGAAAAGAAAGUCCCUCGACGCUCGCGAAUUAGAUACAGCAAAGACGGAGCGAUUAUAUCGGAACCACACAGCCCCGGCUCCUUACCGAACUCGCCGCCGCCCAAACACAAACUGGAAAAAUCUCAUAAGAUCGAGAAACCUAAACUUAAUGUUCCUACAGAGAACUUAUCGCCUAUUAAAGUGACGAUAAAACCAUACGAAUUCACAGAAGAAAACGAAAGUGUAGAAUUGAAAUUAAAGAGAGACAAAAGACCAAAAUUUAAGAAGGAAUACAUAUCAACAUCUGGAGGGGAAACUGAGAUCUCAGCGAAGAAAAUUCAUAAGCGGAGUUUCACGUCGCCCAUUUUGACAAAUACUCCAUUGAUGUCAAUAACACCGAUAGUGGCUGACAGUCCCAAUGAUUCGCACAACGAACAUUCGAAUGAUUCCGCUAACGUACCACCACAGAAGGACUCUAGUUUGUACACCCAAAACUUGUCAUUUUCAGCGUUACUAAACGAUUCGAAGGAAAGAGACAGCAAAACUAUAGAAAGUUCCAUAGAAAGUACGCUCGCCAAUCUAUCUUCCGAUAUCGCGAUGUACAAAGCGAAUAGGAAACGAAGGAAGGAGAAGCACAGAUCUAGAUAUUCCCCAGAUUUGUUGCGUACGCCGUCGAAAUCACAUAAACAUAAGCGAAAGAAGAAGACUCAAGACAUGGAAAAUCCUGGACUUCCACAUCCUAGGAUCACAAUUAAAAUCAAACCGAUUCCAAAACCGGAUGGCUCUUUGGAUACACAGAUGUUCUACGUGCCAACGGACAGCAAUGAUGGACCACCUCCUACAGUUAUUAAAAAACAUCCUAAGCACACUGAAGUAGAAGCGUCGAAGACUUUGCUGAGCCUGCCACCGCCACUGCCUCUCAACACGCCUGAUCCUCUAGCUACCACUCCUGAAAACCUUGCUAGCGAUAAGGCUCUUGCAAAUCAGGAGAAAGCCGCGAUACCUACAGAGUCUACAAAGCCAAAGCGUUCUAGUCGCGCCCGUAAAAGCGCGGGGGGCUCCGAAAGCGUCUCGACGAGCAACCCGCUCCCUCCUAUGACUCAUUGCGACGUGUGCAAGCAGCCCGGCGACACUAGCAAUCUUGUCAGAUGCGACGAGUGUAGCAAGCGGUACCACUUUACUUGUCUCGAGCCACCGCUGAACAAGAAUCCGAAAAAGCGCGGCUACUCGUGGCAUUGUGCCGACUGCGACCCCACUGACUUGGAAGACAAUAACAACUGAAGCAGCUGGACGUUAUGGCUUGAGAAUUUAAGAGCAUUUAGGAGUAUUAAGUAUAGUUUAUAAGGAUAAAAUAAUAUAAUGUGUUAGAUAUCUAGGCUUAGAUCUAGAACUUUCAAGAUGAGACUAGGAUUGUCAAGAAAUAAACGAAUCACGAGAGUAGGCGGAAGUUACUCGUAUGGUUGUAAAAAACAAUGAUCAUCCAUUGAUUUGCCUUAAUGUGAUUGACAGAUUUACACAAAUUCCAGUGACUAAAUCAGUUUAAAUGAAAACUUACUGAAUGGUCGAAAGACCGACUGUGUUACGUAUUCGCAAUUAUUGAAGUUUAGAUUAAAGUCUGUCUAUAUAGAUAUUUGCUAUAGCUUUGAUCUGUAAUCGUCUAAGUUGUCUUAUUUAUCCGGAUGCGAUCUUGUAAAUUUUUAUUUUAUUGUAAUAUCGAUUGAUAAUUGUUGUUUACUUGCAUUAUUGUGCUUCUGUAUCAUUGAUACAAUAAAUAUUAUCGAAAGA